GUUAUCUUCAAGGGUAUCUGAAAUGCUGACUUUUGGGGCCACGACCUGGGCAGUUUUCUGAAGUGACCUGCACGUGCAGCUUGCUAUGCUUAUGCUCAUCACUUACGACUAGCAGCCGUCCAACAUGACAAACGUAGCCUCCAGUCUUGUUCCAAUUCUCGUGCUUGGUUUGCCCUUGGGUCUAUACACACUGUUUCUGAGCCUGAGCACGAUCCCGUAUUUUCAGCGAAACUUCCUCUAUGCGCACAAGAUCCACACGUUGUGGUGGGGGAACAUCAACGAACCAGAGCAAUGGGGCUUCGCAAAGAACCAAGUCACCCCCUUUUACCUCACCACCGCGGAUAACCAGACGCUCUACGCAUGGCACAUACUUCCCCUUCCCCUCUACGUCCAGCACGAAGACAAACUCUCCUCUCAACCAAGCGGUUUCUGCCAUGAUAUAACGGCCACCGAGAACUUCCGCCUCCUCCGUGAUGACCCCACGGCCAAGCUCAUCAUCUCCUUCCAUGGUAACGCCGCGCAGCUGACCCAGGGCCGCCGCCCGCCCCACUACCAUACCCUCACCUCUCUCCACAGCCCAUACCACCUGCUCACCCUCGACUACCGCGGCUUCGGCCUCAGCAGCGGAACGCCCACGGAGCGAGGGCUCAUCCUCGACGCCGCCGCCGCUCUCAGGUGGGCCGUGGACACCGCGGGCGUGCCCCCCUCGCGGAUCGUCCUCGUCGGCCACAGCCUGGGGACCGCCGUGGCGGCGGCGGCCAGCGAGCUGCUCACGCUGCACGAGGGCUGGGACUUUGCCGGGGUCGUGCUUGUGGCCGGCUUCAGCUCGCUGCCGGAGAUGCUGAGCGGGUACGCGAUCGCCGGGUGGCUGCCGGUGCUGCGGCCGCUGACGUGGUGGCCGUGGCUGUCGAACAAGCUGAUGGCGCGUGUGGUGGACACGUGGGACAGUGCCGGGAGAUGGAGGGAUGUUGUCAGGGCGGUAAAGGAAAGGCGUGGGCGGUUGAGGCUGAGCCUGGUACAUGCGAAGGACGACUGGGACAUUCCGUCUCAUGAGAGUGACAAGCUGUUUCGGGCGGCCGUGGAGGGCUUGGUCGGGGGCGGGAUGGGAGAGGAGCAGUUUGAGGCAGAGAAGAGGAAAAGGAUGGUGAUUAAGGGGAAGAACUCGUUUACUGCAACAUGGAAAGAGGGGGAUAUUGUGGUAAAGCAGGAGUUGUUCCCUCACGGAGGACACAACGGAGUCCUGACUCAUACUCCUGUACUGAUGGCCGUCAUGAGAUCAUUCGGGCUUGAUGACCAAUCCGCGCCCUGAAGACUAGACAUGAGCUAUAUGUAGAGUUCGAUGAUGGGGAGCUAGAGUAGGAGGACACUGGCUUCGGAAGCCGUGUCAUCAGUUUGUUCCAGAAAUUGGGGCGCGCAGAAGCUAAGUCCAAACAGGGCCAUUGGAGCAGAGCACUCUCGCCGAAACUGGCUUCUCUAAAUUCUCCCUUUGCCCUCAUAUCAGGCCAACACGUGAGGUCGUAGAGGAGCAAGC